AUGGUCUCUGAUUAUCUGACUCUUCUUUUUCUCCUUCUGCGUCACUUGCCCUCGUUCGCACUUACAGCCUCGACCCGCAAGAUUAAGGCUGUAGUCCACCGUUACACCUACAAGUCCUUGCCAUCAACGCAAACUAAGAAUGUGGUCGUAGUCGGCGGUUCCUUCACAGGAUAUUUUACAGCAAAACACCUAAUCGAGACUCUUCCCAGUGGAUAUCGCGUUGUACUCAUCGAGAAGAAUUCACAUUUCAAUUAUGUGUUUGCCUUUCCCAGAUUUAGCGUGAUCCAGGGGUACGAGAAAUUUGCAUUCAUUCCAUUUCAAGGAUUAGAAAAAGGAGCACCAAAAGGCAUAUUUGAGUUUGUGCAAGGAAAGGUUGAUAAGGUGAAUGAGCGCGUCAUCAGACUGGAGGGUGGAAAGGAACUGGAAUAUGAAUACCUAGUGAUUGCCACUGGCACGUCAUCAGCAAUUCCCAGCAAGGUAGCAGCAACGGAAAGUCUUGAUGCGCAACGAGAAUUGAGAGGCUUGCAGAGUAAAAUCGAGAAGGCGGCACGAAUUGCGGUUGUUGGUGGAGGCGCAGUAGGUGUCGAGCUUGCAAGCGAUAUCAAGGACUUUCAUCCCGAGAAAAGUGUUGUGCUGUUACAUUCAAGAAAUAGGCUGCUCCCAAGCUUUGGAGAACGGUUACAUCAGUACGUAACGAAAAGGUUUGGUGAAAUGGGCGUUGAGGUCUGGCUCAAUGAACGGCCACAGAUCUUGGAGGGUAGUCACACCCUCAAGCUCAAACGAGGCGGAGAAGAGACCUUUGAUCUCAUCAUCGCUGAUGAGCGUUUUCCGAAUGUCUUCGCUGCGGGCGACGUUGCAGCUUCUGGUGGACCAAAGAUGGCACGAGCGGGUUAUAUGCAGACCUUCGUUGUUGUUGACAACAUCUUAUCCCUAAUCAAUGGGAAGGAUAACAUGAAGGUCUACAAGCCGAUGCGUUGGCUAGAAGGCUCGAUCAAAUUGACUUUAGGAAAGGUAAGCAUUAUCGAUAGUCCGUAUCAUUGA